GACAACCCAGUUGCCGUACCGGAAGUUAUACCGGAGAGAUACAACCUCGUGUUGUAUUGUGGGAAGUGUGCCCCUAAUAAUCAUGGCAGACGCUUUUGGAGACGGUUUGUUCAGCGUGUUUGACGAAGAACAACAAACUACCACAAGCAAAAAUAUACCUGCUUCCCUGACACCAGAAAUAGGGAAAGUUAUAUCUAAAAAUGGCACCGACAAAGAUGCUGGUCCAUCUGCCGCAGUCAAGAGAGAGGCAGACAGUGACGGUGGAGAGGAGAUGGUGUUUGGGAAGAAACCUCGACAUGAGACAGUCUCUGCUAAUGACCUAAAUCUUGCAGAAUUUAUGCCCCAAGUGAAGGUGGAGCAAGUCGACACUGUGGAAGGAUGCUCACACGAGGUGGCUCUUCCUAUGAGUGAUGAUUACAAGCCCCUAAAACCACGAGUGGGGAAAGCAGCCAAGGAGUACCCUUUUGUUCUUGACCCGUUCCAGCGUGAGGCCAUCUUAUGUAUCGACAACAACGAGUCUGUGCUUGUCUCUGCUCACACCUCUGCUGGCAAGACUGUCUGUGCAGAAUAUGCCAUUGCACUGGCCCUUAGAGAAAAGCAGAGAGUGAUCUUCACCAGCCCCAUCAAAGCCCUCUCCAACCAGAAGUACAGAGAGAUGUACGAAGAGUUCCAGGAUGUGGGACUGAUGACUGGUGACGUCACCAUAAACCCCACUGCAUCCUGCCUUGUCAUGACAACAGAGAUCCUGAGGAGCAUGCUCUACAGAGGCUCUGAGAUCAUGAGGGAAGUGGCGUGGGUCGUCUUUGACGAGAUCCAUUACAUGAGAGAUGCAGAGCGUGGUGUGGUAUGGGAGGAGACCAUCAUUCUUCUUCCUGACAAUGUGCAUUACGUCUUCCUGUCAGCCACCAUCCCCAAUGCCAGGCAGUUUGCUGAGUGGAUUUGUCACCUACAUAAGCAGCCAUGCCAUGUAGUCUACACAGACUACCGUCCCACUCCACUGCAACACUACAUCUUCCCAUCAGGGGGCGAUGGACUCCACCUAGUUGUUGAUGAGAAUGGAGACUUCAGAGAGGAUAAUUUCAACACGGCUAUGCAGGUGCUGAGAGAUGCAGGGGAUUCAGGGGGCAGUGGAGGGGGCAAGUGGGACCCGAGAGGACGGAAAGGAGGCACUAGAGGUCCAUCCAGCGUGUUCAAGAUUGUAAAGAUGAUCAUGGAGAGGAACUUCCAGCCUGUUAUCAUUUUCAGUUUCAGCAAGAAAGAAUGUGAGGCCUACGCUCUACAGGUAGCCAAACUGGACUUUAACAGAGAUGAUGAGAAACGUCUGGUGGAGGAAGUCUUCAACAACGCAGUGGACUGUCUUUCUGACGAAGACAAGAAACUCCCUCAGGUGGAGCAUGUGCUGCCGUUGUUGAAGAGGGGGAUAGGAAUCCAUCACGGAGGCCUGCUGCCGAUCCUGAAAGAGACCAUAGAGAUCCUUUUCUCUGAAGGCCUGAUCAAGGCCCUGUUUGCUACAGAGACAUUUGCCAUGGGCAUCAACAUGCCGGCUCGCACUGUGCUCUUCACCAGCGCACGUAAAUUUGAUGGCAAGAAUCACCGCUUUAUUACAUCAGGUGAAUACAUCCAGAUGUCCGGGCGAGCCGGUAGGAGAGGAAUGGACGACAGGGGAAUCGUUAUUUUCAUGGUGGACGAGAAGAUGAGUCCAGCUGUGGGCAAACAGCUACUGAAGGGCUCAGCCGACCCUUUGAACAGUGCCUUCCACCUGACCUACAACAUGGUGCUCAACCUGCUGCGUGUGGAGGAGAUCAACCCAGAGUACAUGCUGGAGAAGUCUUUCUACCAGUUCCAACACUACAGGGCUUUGCCUGGUGUUGUAGAGAAAAUUAAAAAUUACGAGGAGCAGUACCACAGCAUUGAGAUUCCCAAUGAAGAGGGUGUAGUCACUUACUUUAAAAUCAGACAGCAGCUGGCCAAACUGGGUAAAGAGAUACAAGAGUUCACCCACAAACCCAAAUACUGCUUGCCUUUCUUGCAGCCUGGACGACUUGUCAAGGUAAAAAAUGAAGAUGCUGACUUUGGCUGGGGAGUUGUUGUAAACUUUUGCAAGAAGUCCAACGUGAAGACCAGUACAGACUCUGAGCCGCUCUAUGUGGUGGAGGUUUUGGUCCACUGUAGUAAGGACAGUGUAAAAGAUGCUGCGACUGAGGCGGCUAAACCUGCUGCUCCAGGGGAGACUGGAGAAAUGCAGGUGGUUCCAGUGAUGCUCCAUCUCCUGACUUCCAUCAGCUCUGUUCGCCUUUACAUCCCCAAAGACCUGAGGCCCUUUGACAACCGACAGCUCAUGCUCAAGUCUAUACAGGAGGUGCAGAAACGUUUCCCAGAUGGUGUGCCACUGCUCGACCCCAUAGAUGACAUGGGCAUCAAGGACCCUGCACUGAAGAAAGUUAUUCAGAAAGUGGAGGCCUUUGAGCACCGCAUGUACUCCCACCCCAUGCACAGUGACCCCAACUUGGAAUCUGUGUAUUCUCUCUGUGAGAAGAAAGCUCUGAUCGCAGCAGACGUACGGACGGCCAAACGAGAGCUGAAGAAAGCUCGGACCGUCCUGCAGAUGGACAAGCUGAAGUGCAGGAAGAGAGUUCUGCGACGCCUCGGCUUCGCCAGUCCGUCUGAUGUUAUCGAGAUGAAAGGACGGGUGGCCUGUGAAAUUAGCAGUGCCGACGAGCUCUUGCUGACGGAGAUGGUGUUCAACGGUCUCUUCAAUGAUCUGACGGUCGAACAAGCCACCGCCCUGCUGUCCUGCUUUGUCUUCCAGGAGAAUGCCAGUGAGAUGCCAAAACUGACUGAACAACUAGCAGCUCCUUUGAGACAAAUGCAGGAGUGUGCAAAGCGCAUAGCCAAGGUUUCAGCCGACGCCAAGCUGGAGGUGGACGAAGAGACUUAUCUAAACCAGUUCAAGCCUCACCUGAUGGAUGUGGUGUACGCUUGGGCUAACGGGGCCACGUUUGCUCAAAUCUGCAAGAUGACUGACGUCUUUGAAGGGAGCAUCAUUCGCUGCAUGCGUCGCCUGGAAGAAGUCCUGAGACAAAUGUGUUCUGCAGCCAAGGCCAUAGGCAACACUGAGCUGGAGAACAAGUUUGCUGAAGGAAUAACAAAGAUAAAGAGAGACAUUGUAUUUGCUGCCAGUCUCUACCUAUAAAGACAUCACAGCACUGGAGGAUACAUGCUGUUUUGGACUUUUUGUUGUCUAACCCUGAUGGAUCUUUUUUUUUUUUUUAAGUCUCACAUUUGUCAAACUGGGUUCAGAUAUAGUGCUUUUAUUCUCAAAAUGUUAGUUAAAUUGGCUUUUAAUGUAUUUGUCCUUCAGAUCACUUGUCUGAACAGUUUGUUUCUUCACAAAAACGAGCAUAAACUGUAAAUGUUCGGGUGAGAAUUGCAUUCUACAUAUCACUGUGGAUGUAAACGGAAGUGUUUGUCUUUAAGGAAAUACACCUGCUUGGACAGAAUACAUUGAACAUUCAUGCUUUUAUUAUUUCUGCUUACAUGAGCAAAGUGGUUUAUAAUACAUUAUAUUGAUAUAUCUGGUUUAGAAAGUAAACAUGAUAUAAUACAUUAAACACUUGUUUCAUUUCUGUGCAUGUUAAAAAGUAAAAUGGCUUUAUUUUUCCUCUUUUUUUCUAAUUGAGACAUUUGUAAAUAGUAACUUUUUGUUAGUAAAAGUCUGUAUGAUGAUUUGUUUUUUGUACAUACAGAUUAACAUUGUCUGUUCACUUGAUGUUUGUUGCUUCUUAGAUACACAGGGAGCUGUGAUAGCAGCAGUAAAAGUCCAGCAAAGGCAUCACGGGACAUAAACUGACAGUCUACUCUUCAACUUUCUAACCAAACACGUUACAGAUCAGGCUUCCUUCUUGACUAUAUAAGGUUAGACGGUUGGAGAGUACGUCAGUGGCCUGGCGUCUGCAGCUCCAGAUGUGAAGCUGUUUUGCCCUCUGGUCUAGGAUCAGCUUUAGUCUCCAGCACAUUCUAGCUUUGAGAAGCAAACAUUCCUCUUAUAAUUAGCCCUUUAACACUUGACAUAAGGCAGCAAAGUGAUGAGAUUCAGCAUCUCGCUGGAGCCGAGCUGAAACAGAUUCUAAAUCUGAUCCUUGAGCAGACGGACUCCAGGUCAGGACAAGAACAAAACAAGGUUACAUUCACGUUUCCAGCCCUCCUUUCUCUUAGCAGUGGUCAGACCCUUUAGUGGGUGCGUGCAGUUUAGUCUUCCCACUAGCUCAGUAGAUAGAUACAUGCUAAAUGGUUCCCAUCUUUACACAUCUCUAGCCCCUAACCUACAUCUGUCUAAGUCACUUAAGCAUAUCUACAAGGCUUCGAUAGGUAAUGCCACUUUCCUUCCAGAUUGAGGAUUGGCAGCUGAAAGGACAGCCUAAAAUGAUAAAGUCUUGGAAUAUGAACAGGCCUGAAGUGUAGCUUCCAACGAUUUCUUCUGGGAUGCACAGCCGUCAACUGACUUACUUGAAGUAAGAUUGAACUGUAAAUCCGUGCAGGGUAUUGGAUGAAAAUUUGCAUGAGAUAAAGGCUAGAGAGCUGGGAUCCUGGGUGUGCGUUUAGACGGAGCAGAAAGGUGUUGUCCUCCAUACUCCGCUUAGUUGGGACUCUCACAGUGGUUUCCAUUCGUUGGGGUCUCAUGCAGAGUUGUGUGUGGGAUGUUAACUUCUUGACGGGCAUCUACUCGUGGUUUGAAAAAGUCAGACACACAGAAAACCUACAAAAUAUGGG